AUGUUUCCCACACGAGCCCUGCUAGGCCGGUCGGUCUGGAAAGGCCCGAACAUCGUCCCUCUCCCUCUCCCCCGGGUCCUCCCUCCUCCCCCGAACACUCCCCCAAUCCGCACGACAAAGCGUGGCGCAACCAUCCUGCCCAACUUCGUCGGUUUGCGCUUUGCAGUCCACAACGGCAAGACCUACCAGGAAAUUGCAAUCACCGAGGAGAUGGUCGGACGUAAGCUCGGUGAAUAUGUUGCAACCCGCAAGCGUUUCACAUACAAGCAGUCCAAGAACAAAUAG